AAACAACAACAACAACAACCAAAACAACAAAAUAUCGUAAAAAUCGUAAACAAAAUUUAAAAAUUAAUGGAAAAUUAACGAAUGGUAAUGGUCAACAACGACAAAGAAAAUCUGAAAUGGAUCCAGAAUUAGCACGAUUAAGUCGUGAAGAACGUCGACGUCGUCGUCGUGCUACAGCAAAAUAUCGCCUGGCACACGCUACACGUGAACGUAUUCGUGUUGAAGCAUUUAAUGUUGCAUUUGCUCAACUUCGUCAUCUUCUGCCAACAUUACCACCGGAUAAAAAAUUAUCCAAAAUUGAAAUAUUACGUUUAGCUAUUUGUUAUAUUGGUUAUCUUAAUCAUGUAUUGGAUGUAUAGACAAGAAAAGGAUUCCUACGCUUUUUUUUCAGUCAAAAAAAACAACUAGUCAAUAAUUUAUA